CUGCAUUUAUGCACAGCAAGUGUGCAAGGCUCGCCAAUUGAGAGGCAGAGGCAGCGCCGCUCGGGCUUAGAGACUUGCUCUCCUCUCCCCUGAGCGGAGGCUGCUGGAGAAGAAGCAUCCGUGCCCGGACUUUUCUUGAUUGCGGAGAUGAUGGUGCUGGACAAGGAGGACGGUGUGCCGAUGCUAUCCGUACAACCCAAAGGGAAGCAGAAGGGCUGCGCCGGCUGCAACCGAAAGAUCAAGGACCGCUACCUGCUGAAGGCUCUGGAUAAGUAUUGGCAUGAAGACUGUCUAAAGUGUGCCUGCUGUGACUGUCGUCUUGGAGAGGUUGGAUCAACUCUUUACACAAAAGCAAAUCUCAUUCUCUGCCGCAGAGAUUACCUGAGGCUCUUUGGUACCACCGGGAAUUGUGCUGCCUGCAGUAAACUGAUCCCUGCCUUUGAGAUGGUGAUGAGGGCCAGAGAUAAUGUUUACCAUUUGGACUGCUUUGCCUGUCAGCUCUGCAACCAGCGAUUCUGCGUGGGAGACAAGUUUUUCCUGAAGAACAACAUGAUCUUGUGUCAGAUGGACUAUGAGGAAGGGCAGCUGAACGGGAGCUUCGAGUCCCAGGUUCAAUAACAGCCCCUGCUUGGCUGGAGCACUGUGGGAUGGGCGCUUGGCCGCACGAGCAGCGAGGGCGCCUGUCAGCUUGCCUGCAAUAUUUUUUUAAUUCUUGGUCCAGAGAGGACUAUAUACAUUGUAGUACUUUUCCCCCCCAACACAAAGCAGUUACAAUUUUAGAUGUACAGUUGUGCCUGCUUAGCUGAGCACUGCAUUGCCUGUAUGUUUGUGAGUUUUUGGGGUCUGGGGGAGGGCUCUGUACAGUCUGUUUUCUGUAUAUAAACUGGAACAUUUAUUUUAUGAAAAAUGUAAUGCAAUUUUAUUACUGGUGUGAAUUAAAAAUUAUGAAUGUUUCCUGGUCAUCUUUGCCGUGGUUUCUUCCCCGUGUGGCAAAAGCCUGUAUUUCCCGUGCUUUAGCUGAGCAGACUAUUGGAAACGUGUACACAGAUCCCUGGAAACUGCAUGGAUCACAGCAGAGGCAGGUUCUCUCACAAUAACUGGGGGAAAUGCCGCUGCAGAGUUGUGGAGACUUCCAUCCAACCACCUGCUUCCCUGUAUAAAGGGAGGGAACGAGCUGUGGGCAGGUGAUGGCUGGGAACCCUCGCUGGCAGGGUCCCGCCGAGGCGGCUGUGCCUGCUGAGCUGCUGGCUGAGAGGCUCCUUGUGGAUUCAGACAGAGCUCUGCCAUGGAAUUCCUGCUGGCUGGCUGAGCCCGUGCCUCCAGUCUGGGCUGCAAGGAACAGCUCCCUGAAGCCCUGCCAACAGGUGCCUGGGCAUUGAUCAGAAUAUUAAUUCCAAAGCUUUGCUAGGCAGUGGGAUUUUCCCGUGGGGCAUCACUUGUCCAGGUCAGAGCUGCUGUGAGAGCUGAUGUCAGGGCUGGGACGUGCCCGGGCGCUGAUGCAGCAGAUCCCUGCUCCCAGCCCUUUUUGCUUACUCCGUGCCAGGUGCUUUGACCUCCCACGCAAUAAAAGCGAUCAGAUUUGAAGCAUCUCCCGGAGAAAAAAAUUCUGAACUGUGUUCCUGCUGCGAUGCUUUGUGCAAUGAUUUUCAAGGUUAUGCAAUUCAUGUGCAACCCACUGGACUGUAUCAAACACAUUUCUUUGUAUAGUGAGUGUCACUUUAAUAUAGUGCACCAGUAGCUGUAAAGGAUGGCUGCAAUUCUAUUUAUUUUGUCUUCUUGCUUUUUCUUAGAUUUACCCCCCUUUCCUUUAAUAAAUAGACACCGAGUACUUUU